CAGAAGGUUGGCAGUUAGGGUUUACUACUCAGAGAAGAAAGUACGUUGUUGUGGAGAGGAAGAAAGGCCAAGAAGAAAUUCGGGGAGCCCGAAGCGUUCGAAAUAAAACAUUAAACCCCACACUGCGGGCCGUUUUUCCUCCCUUGCCAUUUUUUCGGGUUUUGUUUAGCUAACAUGGCUUGUGGUGCUACGUUAAAGCGGUCAAUGGAGUUUGAGGCCCUCCUCAGUCCUCAGUCUCCCAAGCGGAGAAGGUGCAAUCCACUACCAGGGACUCAGAGCACUCCGUCCCCACAAAGAUGCAACCUCCGUACCCCAGUCGACAGCCCAGCACAUUCGGGGUCUCCCCAGCCCAUCGGAGGCGAACACAGGCUCACUCCAGAGCAAAUCUUUCAGAACCUUCGCCAGGAGUACAGCCGGAUCCAGAGGCGACGGCAGCUGGAGGGCGCCUUCAACCAGACCGAGGCCUGCAGCUCCAGUUCCACCCUCAACGCUCCCAGCUCCCCACCUGGUGCCUCAAAGAAGGACCAGCCCUCGUUCACGCUGAGGCAGGUUAGCUACCUGUGCGAGCGCCUGCUCAAAGACCACGAGGAGAAGAUUCGGGAGGAGUACGAACAGAUUCUUAACACAAAACUCGCAGAACAAUAUGAAUCUUUUGUGAAAUUUACGCAAGACCAAAUCAUGCGAAGAUACGGAGCCCGACCUGCGAGUUACGUCUCCUGAGCUCCCGUCAGCGUGAUCCCGGCUCCUCCCAACACGACGGCCGCUCUUCCUGUUCCUCUGCCUCCUUCCAGUUGACUUUGAUAUUAUUUCGCAGAUGCCGCACCGCUCUCCGCCCUGCUCAAACUGUUUGGGUGCCAUCCAGUUUUUAAGUCAAAAACUAGUUUCUUUCUUCCAAAGUUUUUCUGCUGGUCAAGAUUUGGGAACAUCUGAAAAGUAAAAGCCAGUUUGUUUUUGUUGUCUCCCACCCCCCCUCCUUUCUGUUGAUAUGUUCUUUCCAGAAUUAAAGCAAAUGUUUGUAAAACCUCUUGCUGGCGCUGUAGAAAAGCUUAUUGGCUCGGGAUCAUUCAGUAUAACUCUCCAGCAGCUAUAUUUAACAGCUCCUGCUUCUCACCCCGCCUCACCCCUUUUCUCACCUCCCUACUUGAGAAUGUGGAUUUUUCUCCCUUUUGAAGAAAACUAAUAAAAGUUCUGUGACUAAAA